CCAAGACCAGUGCUGUAUAAGAUCUGGUGCUCUCUCCUUUGUGAGGACCAGUGAAUCAGAAAGAAACGAGGAGCAACCAGAACACUAGAGGAGUUUCCUACCGGCAAACACCAUAGCAACCACAUCAAGGACAUCGCCAAAGCCUUUGAGCAGCUCCAUUUCGCAAUGUCUACGGGAGUUGCGCGCCGCCAACCACGCAGCAAAGGCUGUGAGCAGUGCAUUUCACGCCGCAUCAAGUGCGAUGAGAGAGCCGGAUGCUGUAAGAAAUGCGCGCGCUUCGGACUCCCGUGUUCUGGAGCAAUUCGUGGGGCAGUUUUUCUUGACAUGACGGAGAAAGUUGCCUGCAAAUCGCUUUGGCCGCGGAAGAAAAAGAAGAGAAGAGUUGCCGACACGAAAGAAACCGCCAAGGAGCAAGUAGAGAAGCCUGCCCCUACAGAUGAUGCAACAAAGCGACAAGGUAGUACGGAAGAAAGCGAAGAGACUGAUGAUGCAACAAAGCAACGAGGCAGUACGGAAGAAAGCGAUGAGAUGACCCCUAUCGCAGCCUCAUCCGCCUCUUGUAACCGCACAACAGGUAUUGAAGAAGAAAUCUCAUACCUUGAUCUUCUUACAAACGAUGAUGAGAGCGAGACUAUCUUUGGCGGCACAACAUACCAGCCAAGUCCCGAGCAUACCUCACAUUUCGACGAGGACAACUGCUUUGGCAAGGGUUUCGAUUACAACAUCAACAUUCCCCCAGAGCUGGACGCUUCAGCUUACAAUGAAUAUUGCUUCGUCGGCAACUUUGCUCAGCUCAUCAUCAGCUCCCGUCGGAACUAUUCCUCACAGAGGCCACAAUCAUGGAUACUCGAGCUCCCCCACCUAGCUGCAACGAAUGCUUUGCCAUCCUCACUCAGAUACGCCAUGCAUGCUGCAGCAUUAUUAUACCAUGCCGUCACCAACAAUGAUAUAAGAGCCAAGAUAGCUGCCGUGAGGUGGUAUAUAGCCGGAAUACAGACCUAUCGUGCCACGAUACUCAAAUCGCCAGCAAAAAAGACACUCCCAGCACCAGUGUCGGAGGAGACUCAGGCAUCCAAAGAACCAUGUAUAGCGGAAAUUGCAGAAAUAUGUGUUCCAAUCAUGUUUUCCUUUUAUGAAGCAUUGCAAGGCGGGAGUUCAAAUGCGGAGUUGCUUCACCAUGCGGCAGCCACCGAGAUGCUGGAGAAACGGGGGCCGGAACAAUGUGUCAGUGGACUCGCGCAUAGUGUGAUGCGCUCGUUGAGAGUCAGAGAGGCCUUUUACUCCAUCAUGAACAACCGAGCUGCCAAGUUCUCCUCACCUGAGUGGCUAUCUAUUCCCUUUGAGCAGAAACACAAGAUAUGCUACGACCGGCUCAUCGAUAUCCUCCUUUCAUUGACCAAAGUGCUUCGCCUCCCAUACAUGAACCAGAGGGGUGCAACGUUGAGAUACUCGGUAAACCGGGUUCACGACCUCUCCACAGCUCGUAAAACAGACAUGGAAGAAAGGGUAAACUCUCUCUUAGCACAGCUUCAAGACUGGUGGCUAGAUUUUCAACAAGAGCACUGCGAAAUCAUCACAUUGAGUCCACAAUGCUCAUAUACCCCCGAAAACGCCUACAUCACCGUCUCUUCUCCAACUUCCGUCCUUCCGCUAUCCGGGCCCUGGAUGGUUGCCAAUAACGAAACACUCACCUCGAGUAUGAUUUCCAUAUACAGUGCCACUCACAUGAUCCUCCACACAAUUCUUUUCAUCAUUUCUCUCUCGAGGCCUCCUCCCAACCCCACCGGCCUCGAAAAUCUAUCAGAUGUUGAUGUGCAUCUAGCCGCAAUUUCUGCAUAUGCGACAGCGGUCUUCAAUGCCUCCGCGUAUCUGAGCAUGAUCAAUCCAUUUUGCGGAGAUGCUGUUCGAACAAACUUCUCCCUAGCUAUUGUUGCUCAGUUUGCAUUGGAAGACUCACAGCGCGAUCAAGCUCGGCGCAUGCUCAACCAGUGGCAUCUUGAUGAUGAAGGACCUCCCAAUAGCCCAGGGACUACGAAAUCGGAGAGUCUUGUUCUAUAAGAUGUAAAAUGAUAUGAAUUAAAUACCAGAUAGGUUAUGGUUAUACCUUAUAGAUCGAUUAUACUUCCUGGGGAAGGCAACUUGCAGUGUGUAGGCCGUAACCUCAUCCCGGG